AUCGAUGCGAGGCAUGAGAAUGCCUCUCCAAUGUUUACUGCUGUCGGGAUUGGAGGACUGAUCGGCUCUGGAACAUUCCCUCUUAGCUCACUCUGUUUAUUUGCUUCCUGGUCGGACAUUGAUGUCGAAGCUAAGCCUCUGGAUAAUCGGAUUCGUGUUCUGCUCGUUCUUUUUCAGCUGUGUUGUAUGCCGUCUGGCGAUCGGAGUGAGCUACUGGAACAUACGAUUCCAAAUAAAGAGGCUCGCGUCCUCCAGCUCAUUUCCGUCGUUUUCAUUUCACACUGGGGUUCAUGCAGUGUGUCCACGCGCCCUGGAUAGCGAUCAAGCUUGGGGUUGGAUUGAUUCGUGGGAAGCGGUGAACGAAC